AUGCGUUUUUCUGUCGCCGUAAGUCUCAACUCUCUCGAUCUAACAUAUGUCGGCUGUCAAUUAAUGUUUAAGAUCAUUGUCAUUGGUGUUCUCGUCGCCUGCUGCAUGCCUGCUGCAGUCGAAAGCUUCCAUAUCCCAACACCCACCGUUUCUAUUAUUAGAGACGCGGGAUCGGACGGCUAUUUCACUACUACAAAACACAUCACCAUUGAAGGUGUCACGAAUGAUCAUGUUACAAUUGCGGGGAAAACUAUUGACAUUGCUAUUCCAACCUGCAUCCAGACAAUAACUCCUGACGCAAAUGGCUAUGUUCCACCGGGGACCUGUGGUGCCAUAUGGGAUUACUAUCCCAACUUCCCUGCUGCCCUUGUAUUUGCCUGUAUUUUUGGCAUCCUCACAAUGAUACAUGUUUGGCAAGCUAUUGCGAAUAGAAAGAAAUUUUGCUGGGUCAUCAUCAUGGCGAGCAUUUGGGAAACCAUUGCCUUUAGUUUCCGCGCCAUUAGCACUCGGUAUCAGCAGAACACCGCAAUCUACCUUAUCUUCCAGAUAUUUAUAUUGCUGUCUCCUCUGUGGGUCAAUGCUUUCGAUUACAUGGUCCUCAGCCGCAUGAUAUACUACUUUCUCAAGUCACAUAGUCUACUUUCCGUGCCAGCCACUGCUAUUGCAACUAUAUUUGUGACCCUUGACUUCGUUUCCUUCGUUAUCCAGUUAGUCGGGGGUAGCAUGGCCGGUCCCACGGCCUCCGCCGAAGAUCAGCUUAAGGCGAUUCACAUCUACAUGGGCGGUAUUGGACUGCAGCAGUUCUUCAUCUUUGUCUUCGCCGCUUUGUCGGCCGCGUUUCAAAGAGAGAUGAAACGCCAAGAACACGUUAAGGGAGAUGACUCAUUAAAGAUGCAAAACGGGUGGAAGAGACUACUCUACACACUAUAUGCCUCUCUGGGCCUAAUAACCAUCCGCAUCACGUUCCGCCUUAUCGAAUUUUCUCGAGGCUCAGAUGUCUCCAACCCUUUGCUCACGUCUGAGGCGUUUUUCUACUUUCUUGAAGCGCUUCCUAUGUCGUUGACGAUCUUAUCAUUCAACAUCACACAUCCUGGAACAAUUCUCAUUGGGCCUGACUCAGAAAUGCCAAGCUUCUUCUCGACCUUGAAGGCCUGGCGGCAUGGAAGAAGCGGCAAACAGCUACUGCAAGACAGCGAUAGCCCGUCCUCGUAUAUCCGGGAGUAA